AUGGUGCACAUUGCGACCGCCAGCAGAGACCUUGAUUUGGCCCAUCAGCGCCGCGGUUCUUCGACCUCAUUAUCCAGCGCCGAAACUCUGACCUCCUCCAGGGAGUUGACCUCAAGCUCGUGCAGCGAAGCUGGAGAAUCCGACAUCGAGCUCAGCGUUGACUCCGAAAUGACGCCCAACAUGAUCAUCCAUGCCAUCGUCAUUCCCAAUUAUAAAGAAGAAAACGACACGCUAAGGGAAACACUCGAGGUUUUGGCAUCGCACCCUCAAGCACGAGCCACCUACGAUGUCUACCUAGCCAUGGAACAGCGGGAAACCGAUGUGGAGAACAAAGCCAUGUUGCUCGUAAACGAGUUUAUGAGACGAUUUCGGUCCAUCAGCUUUACCGUGCACCCGUCAAACAUCCCGGGAGAAUUGGCUGGAAAAGGCAGCAACCUUGCGUGGGCAGCGAGACAGCUCAGCCAGAGAUAUACACCUGCUCAACGGAAAGAUGUAAUUGUGACUGGAAUCGAUGCCGACAGCCAUCUCUUGGCCAAUUAUUUCACGCUAGUCACUACAAUGCACGUGGCACAUCCCCAAACGGCGACGACCACCUUGUAUUCUGCGCCGAUUAUCUUCGACCGUAAUGCUCACAACGUGCCUGCUAUAGUCCGGGUUGCGGACAUCAUGUGGUCCGCCGCCGGUAUGUCGGGAUUACAUGAAGGGUCGUAUGUUGCGCCCCCUACAUCAGUGUACUCUCUGCCACUCGAAUUGGUCGACAGGGUUGGGGGUUGGGAUUGCGAUUCAGAGGCCAUUGGAGAGGACCUUCACAUGUAUUUGAAGUGCUUCUUCGCUCUCAACGGAAACCUUACCGUCCGAACGGUCUUGAGCCCCGUCAGCCAGACCAACGUUACCGGCGGCGGGCGCGACAAGGGCCUCAGAGGAAUCGGCAUGGACAUGAAGGCCCGGUAUAAACAAGCGCUACGUCACAUGUGGGGCGCUUUGGAUACGGGCUACGCAUUGAGGAAGAUGGCUGAGGUUUGGAGGGAAAGGAAGCACACAUCGCGCGCAUUCCGCCCGCUUCAUACUUCUCCAGACGGCUCCGAUGGCUACAUCCCCCAAGCCCAACUCGAUAUAUCCAACCGUACUGGCUUCUUCUCGGAUAUCGUCACCGAUACGUUAGAAGGGCCCGACUACACCCGUAUCUUUGUUUUGUUUCAUCGACUAUUCGAAGCCCAUUUCUUGCCGGUGCAGAUGACUAUCCUGGUGAUCGGCUCUACGCUGUACCUGUGGCUGGUAGACGGGGCGGCUGAUGCGCCUGGCAUAGGAUGGAUAUUUGGUGUUUGCAACGUCCUACGCACUCUUGGAUUCAUAGAGGUUGGCCUAUACCUCUUCCUCUACGAAAAGUUCCACAAGAUUUGCGUCGAAACUCGCGAGAAGGAGAUGAGCGACGCCGGCCUCACCAAGGGCAUGCAUUUCUCGCACCGAGCGCCCAAGAAGAACUGGAUCGAUUAUUUCAUGGUCCCACUAGUUGCAACGGCAUACGGCUCCAUUCCUUGCGCUCAAGCUCUGAUCUGGCACUUUUGGACGUUGGACCUGGUCUAUACCGUGAGCAAAAAGGUAACCCGACAGAGAGGGAAAUCAGUGUCAUCAACACCAGAAAAGAAGGUUGAGACAAUGGUAUGA